GCGGCCCGGCGGCGGCGGCUGCGUGUUUCCGGAAGACGUGGCGGCUCGGGCCCGGGCGGCGUCCCCGUGGCUCUUCUCCGGACUAGGCUUCGUAGCGUGGGCCCCGAGGCACCGCGGUCCUCGCCGUCGCCGCCGCCAUGAUUUCCCUCACGGAUACGCAGAAAAUCGGCAUGGGCUUAACAGGAUUUGGAGUGUUUUUCCUGUUCUUUGGAAUGAUCCUCUUUUUUGACAAAGCACUGCUGGCUAUUGGAAAUGUUCUGUUUGUGGCUGGCUUGGCUUUUGUAAUUGGUCUAGAAAGAACAUUCAGAUUCUUCUUCCAGAAACACAAAGUGAAGGCCACUGGGUUUUUCCUGGGUGGUGUGUUCGUGGUCCUUAUUGGUUGGCCUUUGAUAGGCAUGAUCUUCGAAAUUUAUGGAUUCUUCCUCUUGUUCAGGGGCUUCUUUCCCGUGGUUGUCGGCUUUAUCAGAAGAGUGCCUGUCCUUGGAUCCCUCCUAAAUCUACCUGGAAUCAGAUCAUUCGUAGACAAAGUUGGAGAAAGCAACAAUAUGGUAUAACAGCGAGGAACCUGAAGACGUUACAAUAUCAUAUUAUUUAUAAAACCCUUUUGAAGAAUAUUCAGCACAAAGUUAAAUUUCACGAACUAGCUUAUAAAGUUCUUUACAGAAGUUUAAAAUGUAUGCCCUCCGAAGGAUCAACAGUUACCGAAGAAGCAGUGACAGCCGGCUUGUGAUCAGGUGGUCAGAGCAGUCCACCGAUGGAGAGGAAGAAGCCUGUCCUGAUGCUUAGUGACUUGAGAAGGCUGUUUCUUAGUCUUGCUGCAGCAUGUGAGACAGCCAUUUGUAGAGAACCAUGGUAUCUGUUACCUUUUUUUUUUUUUU